AUGAUUCACACUGGUGAAAAGCCGUUUUCAUGUGUGAACUGUGGAAAAAGUUUUGGUUAUAAACUGGCUUUAACUAACCAUAUGAUGAUUCACACUGGUGAAAAGCCGUUUUCAUGUGUGAAUUGUGGAAAGAGUUUUAGUCAAAAACGUGUUUUAACUCAGCACAUGAUGAUUCACACAGGUGAAAAGCCGUUUUCAUGUGUGAACUGUGGAAAAAGUUUUAGUCGAAAACAGCAUUUAACUGGACACAUGAGAACUCAUACAGGUGAAAAGCCAUUUUCAUGUGUGACCUGUGGGAAAGGAUUUAGGCAUAAAUCGGUUUUAACUCAGCACAUGAUGAUUCACACUGGUGAAAAGCCGUUUUCAUGUGUGAACUGUGGAAAAAGUUUUUGUCAAAAACAGCAUUUAACUCAUCACAUGAUGAUUCAUACUGGUGAAAAGCCUUUUUCAUGUGUGAACUGUGGAAAAGGUUUUACUCAUAAACAUCAUUUAACUCAGCACAUGAUGAUUCACACUGGUGAAAAGCCGUUUUCAUGUGUGACCUGUGGAAAAAGUUUUUGUCAAAAACCAGGUUUAACUCAGCACAUGAUGAUUCACACUGGUGAAAAGCCGUUUUCAUGUGGAAAUUGUGGAAAAAGUUUUUGUCAAAAACAAAGUUUAAUUCAGCACAUGAUGAUUCACACUGGUGAA